UAGGAAGGUGGAAGUAGGAGCAGCAGCAGCAGCAGCAGCAGCAGCCAAGAGCCAGCCUCCACCAUCACCACCUCGCUUGCCCACGGCUGAAUGAUGGGGAAGGGCCAGAUCCUCGGAGGACCCAGCGCCUUUCUCCUCCUGCUGUUCCUUCUUCCGGGGGACAACUUGGAAUUUAUCCCACCGCCGGAGCACUUGGUGCUGGUGCCCUUCGUCAUGCAGGCGGAGACCACCGAGAAUAUUUGUUUUCAUUUGUGGAACGUGAACGGGUCAGUGACGCUACACAUCGGCCUGCCAGAGCGACCAGAGACUCGCAUCAGCCAUGUGGUGUCCGAGGCGAAUAUGUUCCAGUGCAUCCCAUUCCGGGUCCCCAGAUGGAGUAACUAUCCCGGUACCUCUGAGGCCUCCUUCUUCGUGACGGUGCAGGCGGGGAUGUUCGGACUAUACACCCGGCAAAAGGUGCUGAUCAGGACCUCAGAGAGCCUGGUCUUCGUCCAGACAGACAAGCCCAUCUACAAACCAGGACAGAAAGUUCAGUUCCGCAUCAUCUCUGUGGACGAAGGUUUCCGACUCUUGAACGAGACGUUUCCUUUGGUUUACAUCCAGGACCCCAAGAGGUACCGCUUGCAGCAGUGGACCAACGUGGAGCAGGAAAUGGGCCUAGUCCAGCUCUCUUUUCCACUUUCCUCUGAGCCCCCGCAAGGCACCUACAAAGUGGUGGUGGAAAAAGCCUCCGGGAACAAGGUGGAACGUUCCUUUGAGGUGAAGGAAUACGUGCCGCCCAAGUAUGAAGUUUUGGUGAAGGCACCCAAGGAGAUAACAUUUCAGGCUGAAGAACUAGAAGUGAACGUCUGUGGCCUGUACACGUAUGGGAAGCCUGUUGCUGGGCAGGUGAAGAUGCGCAUUUGCCGGAAAUAUAAUGCACAGAGAGAGGUGAACAGAGAGAGGUGUCACGGAGAAGCGUCACAAGGAAUAUGUGGAGAGUUCAGUGGAGAGGCAAAUGGGCAAGGCUGCUUCUCUCAGGUGGUGAAAAUGAAGGGUUUUCAUCUGGAGCGGGAUGGAUUUGAGAUGAGCCUCAAGGUGGAAGGCAAGAUCGCAGAGGAAGGCACAGGGGUGGAAUUGACGGGCGAGGCUUCCAUCAGGAUCAUUAAGAUUCUCGGCACAAUCACCUUUGAGAAGGUGGACUCUCACUACAAGUCUGGGAUCCCCAUUACUGGGCAGGUGAAGGUUAUGGGUGCUGCCAAAGUGCCAAUUGCCAAUGAAACAAUUCAGAUUACGGUACAUCCAAUUGGAACCACCACCAACUACAUAACUGAUGACCAGGGACGAGCCCAGUUUUCCAUAGACACUGAUAAGUUCACAGGUCCUGAACUCCAGAUCGAGGUAACUUGUAAACCAAACUUUGCAUGUGAACGGGACUGGAUCAAUUCCUAUCAGUAUGGUACAUUUCAUUCAGUGGGGCGUUUUUACUCACCAAGCAAAAGCUACGUCCACAUUGAGCGUGUUCUUGGGCCCUUAAGCUGUGGUCAGACUCAGACGCUCCGGGUCCAUUAUAUUCUGAAUUCAGCUGUCGUAAAAGAGCCGGAGGUCGUCUUUUACUAUUUGGUGAUGUCUAAGGGGAACAUUGUCCGAUCAGGGACCCAUAUUCUGCCUGUGGAGCACAGAGAAGGUACCGCCAAAGGGGUGUUUUCUCUGGACCUCGCUGUUAACAUGGACAUUGCUCCGUUGGCUCGUUUGCUUCUCUACACGGUUUUGCCCAGUGAUGAAGUAGUGGCUCAUUCAGCAGAUGUCACCGUGGAGAACUGCUUCGCAAACAAGGUGAAUCUGCGGUUCUCUGAUGCUGAAGGCCUCCCUGCCAGCAAAACUCACGUCCAUCUUUCUGCCUCCAAAGGCUCCCUUUGUGCUGUCCAUGCUGUGGAUAAGAGUGUCUUUCUCUUGAAGCCUGAAGCUCAGAUAUCCCCUAAGACUGUUUAUGAUAUGCUCCCUGUGAAGAACGUCCGAGGUUACGUCUACGGGCAGCACAACCUGGAAAAACCGAUAGUUGGUCCAUGUGCGGUUGGGGAAAAACCUUUUCAUUGGAAUGAAGCUCAGGUCUAUGACAUUCUCAAGGACUUUGGCUUGAAAGUUUUUAGUAGCAAGGAGCUACGGAAGCCUACCUUUUGCAGAGAACAUAGAAUUUUACCUGCUUCAAGCUCUGUCGACAUGCCAAGAGCUCCAGACACUUUUGCACCACAAGCAGAAAGAACAGGAAGACAGCAGGAGACUGUCAGGAACUACUUUCCCGAGACGUGGCUGUGGAACACAUAUGUAGUGAACGGCGAGUCCCAAGGCGAGAUUGACAUCCCCGUGACCAUUCCGGACACCAUCACCGAGUGGAAGGCGGGAGCUUUCUGCUUGUCCCCGGAUGUGGGAUUUGGCCUGGCCCAGACUGCCUCCCUCACGGCCUUCCAGCCAUUCUUCCUUGAUCUGACCUUGCCCUACUCUGUGGUGCGGGGCGAAGCGUUCACCCUGAAGGCCACUGUCUUCACUUACAUGCAGCGCUGCAUCAGGGUCAGUAUAUCGUUGGCUCCCUCUGCUGAGUUCGUGGCUACCCCUCUGGAGAAGGAGGAGGAGUCUUAUUGCCUGUGUGCCGAUGAAAAGAAAACGGUCUCUUGGACAGUAACUCCCAAAUCUCUGGGGGAAAUAAACUUCACAGCAAGCGCUGAAGCCCUGAACUCUGAACAGCUCUGUGGGAACCAAAUAGUGGAGAUGCCCAGCAAAGGGCAGAAGGACACGAUGAUCAAAUCCCUUUUGGUCGAGCCAGAAGGUGUUGAGAGGGACGUGGUCUUCAGCAACCUGCUAUGUGCAGCUGAGAAGUCAAAGUCAUCAGGACCUCUUUCUUUAAAGCUGCCAGACAAUGUGGUGGAGGGCUCAGCCAGGGCCUCCUCCUGUGUGCUGGGGGACGUCCUUGGAACAGCUAUAGAGAACCUCCACCAACUUGUUCAGAUACCCUACGGCACUGGGGAGCAGAACUUGGCCGUCUUUGUCCCCAACAUCUACAUCCUGGAGUACCUGAAUAAGACUGAGCAGCUGACGGAAGAGGUCAAGACCAAGGCCAUCAGAUACUUAGUGCAUGGCUACCUGAGGCAUCUUAACUUCAAGCACACUGAUGGCUCCUAUAGCACCUUUGGACAAUAUAACCCGGGCCCAGGAAACACCUGGCUGACGGCUUUUACGCUCAAGUCCUUUUCCCGAGCCAGACCCUACAUCUUUGUGGACGAAAAACACAUCCAGGAUGCUCUGGCCGCUCUGGCUAACAGCCAGAAAGAGAAUGGCUGCUUCCAUGGCGUUGGGACCCUGGGGAACAACGCUCUGAAGGGUGGGGUGGAUGACGAGACCACUCUCACUGCCUACAUCACUGCUGCUUUGCUGGAGAGCGGCCUGCCUCUCAAUCAUCCCACCGUGCGUAAUGCUCUGUUCUGCCUGGAGAAGGCGGCUCAGGCGAAAGAGAUCCACAUUUACACCCUGGCCUUGCUGGCUUAUUCCUUUGCCCUGGCAGAGAAGGAGGAGCAGAGGCAGAAAAUGCUGCAGUUACUCCACCAGGAAGCUGUGCAAGAAGAGGAUGGCUCCCUUCACUGGAAGCGGCCUGGAAUGGAAGAUGUGAACCCGAACCAUCCAUACUUUCAUCGUCGGGCUCCGUCUGCGGAGGUGGAGAUGACAGCCUACGUCCUCCUGAGUUACCUGACCAACCAGCCAGCGCCAUCCCAGGAAGUACUGGGGACAGCCACCCGCAUUGUCAAGUGGCUCAGCCGGCAACAGAACCCCACUGGGGGCUUCUCCUCCACUCAUGACACUGUGGUUGCCCUCCAGGCCCUCACCCUCUACGGUUCCGUUACCUACUCCAAGAGCAGCACAGGCACAGAAGUGACCCUGAGCUCCACAGAGGGCACCCUGAGGCAGUUCCAGGUGGACAGCACCAACCGCCUGCUUCUCCAGUGCCAGGCUCUGCCCAGAGUGCCAGGGGACUACGACAGCAUGGCCACGGGGGAAGGCUGUGUCCACGUCCAGACCACUUUGAAAUACAACGUGCAUCCACACCAGGAAGAGGCACCGUUCAUGCUGGAGGUGCGCACAAUUCCAGAGACCUGCACUGGACCCAAAGCCCACAGAACAUUUGAUGUUGCCAUCAAUGUCAGUUACACCGGCAGCCGACCUGCCUCCAAUAUGGCCAUCGUUGAUGUUAAGAUGCUCUCUGGAUUCGUCCCGGUGAAAUCAUCCGUAAAGCAGCUGGAAAGCCACAAUCUGGUCCGGCGCACAGAAGUGAGCACCAGUCAUGUCCUGCUUUAUUUGGAGAAGGUGACCAACAUGACCCAGAGCUACACCUUCACUGUGGAGCAGGACGUGCCUGUCCAGAACUUAAAGCCGGCUGUGAUAAGAGUCUAUGACUACUAUGAAACAGAUGAAGGUGCAGAUGCAGAGUACAUCGCCCCCUGCAGUACAGAGGAAUGCUUGAAGGAUGCUACCCAUCGCUCCCCAGAUGGACUCUGCGCGCAUCUUCUUUCCACCAGAUGAGGGGGGGGCAGAGAAGCUGGGCAACAACACAAGGUCUGGACCGCAGCCUGCUCUGGCAAAACCUGGAAUAACAAGAGGAAGAAGAGGGGGUUGCUACACACUUCAAAACCAGCACCCACCUUUGUUGUUGUUUUUUGUUUUCAUUUUGAGAUCCUUCUGUAUGGCUUCAAUUUCCCUCUACGGGAUAAAAUAAAAGAGAACUAUUUUAUUCCA